AUCAGCUUCUCCGCCUCUGCCCACUUAGGUUCUCUCCAUCUCCCCUUGCGCAUCAGAAUCUUCAGAUGUCCGUGAGCUGAAGUGGUAACCUUCAUUUUCUUGUCAACAAGCUAUCAUGAGAUAGAGAGGGAAGGUUCAGUUAUCCAACUAUGGAGAGGAGGAGCUGCAGCAAUCUACAUUUCAUCAAUGCUAUAAAGGGCAAUUUGGUUUCAAAACUCUGCAAUGUUAAUUCCUGUGGCAAGCCGGCCCUCAUGUUCAAGAAAUUAAAAGACAUUUACAACACUGGAGAGAUGAGAACUACUUCACACAGUUUUCUGCAGUCAGGUUCAGGGCUUAGCAGUGACAGGGUCAAGAUUGAGAGCCAAUGUCUGCCACUGGCAGUCCGAAGUUUGCAGGAGGUUCACCCUGCAAGAAAUGAAGCUGUUUGCUCUAUCAGUGAUGGUGAAACUGGCAAUGAUUCAGAUGACGAUAUUUUUGGAAAAAUGACACUGAAACAACUUAAGCAGAAGUGCAAAGUAAAGAAGAGAAGACGUUCCGUUUCUGUUGGUUUGAAUCCUCAACAUGUUCACAUAAAACUGGAGCGGGAGGAUGAUGAAUCUGACCUCAAGGUCCCCCUAAGUAGCUUGAAAAUGAAGUCUCCAAAGGCUAAAAAAAAGUGUAUAAGAAGUAGUUCCGAAUCUUCUGAACUUUCUGUUUUUAAAAUAAAGUCUGAACAAGGUCUGGAUCCUGAAAGUUCAGUGCAAUUUCAUGGGGGUUUGCAUUCAGUCGCUCAUGUUAAGACAGAGGUUCCAGAACCUGAACUUGAAGGAUGCCAAAACAGUACCCCCUUUGUUGAUGAAACCUUCACUGUCAAUCCCACUUAUGAAUCAAACAUCAUUCAAGUUAUAAAUGAUGGAAACAGUGGGAGAGUUGAAUGCCGAAGGUUGGAGCCAGAUCUAGAUGGAGAACAAUACCAAAGCUGUACUCUUAAUCAAGUUUCCUAUGACCAUCUGGAGUAUGUUGAGCCUCUUUGUGUUCUCGUACCCAGUUUUGAAGAUCUUAUGGAUGUGAGCAAUCAAGAGGAAAGGCACCAUCAGUUUCUGGAUAUGCCUAGUUCAGAAUUUGGGAGAGAGGGACAGAUAGAGCAGCCUCUCGAAACAAUUUCGCAUGGCAAAGAUCAAAGUUCAGAUGUGAAUGGUUGCUCCGGAAGUUGUCAUCUGCAUGAGUUCUCAGUGCAGAGCAGUAAGCCUGUAGUUCAAGUUCCUGAAUUGGUGGUUGACGAUAGCACUGGCAAAAAGGAACCUUACUACGGUGGUGAGUCUUGCCUGUUACAGGGUACAUUAAACAAGAAAUUGACUACAAAUCAGCAAAUUGCUACAUUAGGUAGCCCUCAUAGAACUUGUAGCUCAUCUUGGGGGCCCCAUCCCUGCUCAAGUACUGAAGAGGAGUUACUUUCCUCACAAGAUGGUAAAACUGAGGAAAAGCAACAACUGAAAGGUAACAUCAUUGAUAUAGUAAACAACAAUUUGAAUAGCGAGAAUCAUAUGGGUUUAUUGGAACAUGAGUUAUCUUCUGAUGAGGAGAAGAAAACUCCAAUAUCUACAAAAGUUCAUUCAGAAAGGGAAUACUCUUCAUGGAACCAAAACUGUGCUUUUGAGGAAACGCACUCACCGUCAGCGCCGGUUCCAACUCCUGGGAGACUACUUUCAACUCGGAAGGUCGUCUCUCCUACAUCUCAAGAACGCUAUUGUCUAGCUAUGAAUUCCACAGAAUCAAGUUAUGGUACAGACCUUCAGGAUUGUAAGGAGAACCUAUGCACUUCAAAGCAAACUGAAGCCUUGCCCUUUUGUGAGGGAUCGGAUAAGCAUGAUAAUGCAUCUAAAAUCCCCAAGGGACCGGUUGCAGUUAGUAGGACAAAAUUCAUCUUAAGCCCCUCACAGGUAAAAGGAAAAACAAAACGUGAGAGAACCUCUCCACCUAAAGGCAAUCUUGAAGGUCCUCGUCUUUCUCGUUCCCUACCUAGAGUUACCACUGGAUGCACUUCAGUUCAAGGUUGUUCUGAAAGUGCUAUUGCUUUUUCACGGAGGCAGAUGCAUGACAUCGAGUCUCUUGCAACGAAGCUCAUGAGUGAGUUGAAGUCCAUGAAGGAAAUUGUUGAAGAAAAAUUGCUCUUUGAGGCAUACCGAAAUGUCUCCUUAAAGAAUGAUGCUGAUGAGGUAAAAAAUGCCAUCACAAAUGUAACAAAAGCUGAAGAAUCAGCAAGGAAGUGGUUAUCCAUUAUGGGAAGGGACUGCAAUCGUUUCUGUAAGAUCAUGAGUUUGACACAAAAAUGUACCACACCUGCUUCUGCUGACGUGGUUCAGAGGGAGAGGAAAAGGAUUUCGUUUGCUGAUGAAGCUGGUGGCAUGCUCUGUCAUGUGAAGUUUUUUGAGAAUGGCAUGGCUUCCGAUAACGAAAAUCAGGAAGAUUGAACCACAUGAUUUGGAAGGAAUACAUGGUAUUUCCUGUAGGGGACCUGGGGUCUUGGGAAACAGGAUUAUGUACAUUUUGGGGCUUUGUUUAGGUCAGAGUAUUAAGUUUUCUCCACAGAGCUUUUCUUGGUUGCUUACUCGGAUGACGACAUUUACUGAUGUAUCAUUGAAAGAUAUCUUAAGAAAAAGAAAAAUUCUUGA